CAGCGCGUGACGCAGCACGCUCUGGCAUAAAUACAGACCGCGCGGCCGUAGCUUCCUCUCUGCUCGCGCGGCGGACUCGCAAGAUGGCGCCGCAGAAAGACAAGAAGCCCAAGAGGUCAACCUGGAAGUUUAAUUUGGACCUUACUCAUCCAGUAGAAGAUGGAAUUUUUGAUUCUGGAAAUUUUGAGCAAUUUCUACGGGAGAAGGUUAAAGUCAAUGGCAAAACUGGAAAUCUCGGGAAUGUUGUUCACAUUGAACGCUUCAAGAAUAAAAUCACAGUUGUUUCUGAGAAACAAUUCUCUAAAAGGUAUUUGAAAUACCUUACCAAGAAAUACCUUAAGAAGAACAAUCUUCGUGAUUGGCUUCGAGUGGUUGCAUCUGACAAGGAGACCUACGAACUUCGUUACUUCCAGAUUAGUCAAGAUGAAGAUGAAUCAGAGUCGGAGGACUAGGCAAAGGCUCCCCUUACAGGGCUUUGCUUAUUAAUAAAAUAAAUGAAGUAUACAUGAGAAAUACCAAGAAAUUGGUUUUAGUGUAUCAGUGAAUAAAAAAUAUUAUAAUCUUGAA